AUGGCUAUCCAGAAAGCACUCCUUGUCCCCAAGAAGUUUUCCGACUUCGUCGUGGGCGACACCGAAAAGUACAAGCCAGGCCCUGGCGAGAUCUUGAUUAAGGUCCAGUCGGCGGCGCUUAAUCCUGCGGACUGGAAAAUUCGUAAAUACGGGGUGAUUGUUGAAGAAUACCCAGCCGUCUUGGGCUUAGAUAUUGCAGGCGACGUCGAAGAACUUGGUGAGGGCGUUACUGACUUCAGGAAAGGUGAUAGAGUGUUUUGCGCCAGCCAAUGGGACAAGAACAAGAGCGCCUUCCAGCAGUACACGCUCGCACUUGCUUCGACUACAGCGAGGAUCCCAACCCAUCUUUCCUACGACGAAGUUGCCACGAUCCCCGUCGGGCUCUCCACCGCUUGGGUAGGACUGUACAACAAGAACCCAUAUGGCGCAGGUUUCUCAGCUCCGAUUUCCCCAGCAGAAGAAGGGAAAUACACAGGCGACCCCAUCGUCAUUCUUGGCGGCGCGAGUUCCGUCGGGCAGGCAGUCAUCCAACUCGCGAAGCUCUCUGGCUUUUCCCCAAUUAUUACAUCCGCAUCGUUGAAGCAUACGGAGUACCUGCAGUCUCUCGGAGCAACGCACGUCCUAGACAGGAACCUCCCUCUAGACGGGCUGAAGCUUCACGUCGACAAGGCGACAAAUAGGAAAACGGUUAAGAUCGUCUACGACGCGAUAGCCGUUGAGGAUACGCAAAGGAUGGGGCUCUCUCUUCUGGCCCCCGGUGGACAGAUGGUUAUCACCACUAACCAGGUAGUGAAGGGUGAAGGCAAGAGUAUCCUCAGAGUCCUGGCGUCGCUCAGGAUACUACCCAAUAUCGAAUUACUGGAAACAUUGUAUAAAGACAAGAUCACUGGAUUUUUGGAAAGAGGCGCCUUCAAGUGUCACGACUACUGCAGCCCAACAGAUACGAAGUGCUUCCCAACGGCCUUGCAGGAAUUCCAGAUGGCUUAA